GCGCCCUCACUGCCAGCCGGACCCCAGCCUCGGACAGGUUCUGGCGCCCUGCUCGUCCAGUGCUCUGCCGGCCCCCGCCCAGCGCCCCGGCCCUUCCAUGUCACCCGCUCACUCUCUCCGUCGUUCCGACGCCAUGGACACCUUUUGGUGGCGCGCAGCUUGGGGACUCUGCCUCGUGCAGCUGAGCCUGGCGCAGAUCGAUCUGAAUAUAACCUGCCGAUACGCAGGUGUAUUCCAUGUGGAGAAGAAUGGUCGCUACAGCAUCUCGAAGACUGAGGCCGCUGACCUCUGCAAAGCCUUCAACAGCACGCUGCCCACCAUGGCCCAGAUGGAGGCGGCCCUGAACAUAGGGUUUGAGACUUGCAGGUAUGGGUUCAUCGAUGGGCACGUGGUGAUCCCCCGGAUCCACCCCAAUGCCAUCUGUGCUGCGAACAACACAGGGGUGUACAUCCUCGCAUCCAAUACCUCCCAGUAUGACACGUAUUGCUUCAAUGCAUCAGCUCCACCUGAAGAAGAUUGUACAUCAGUCACAGACCUGCCUAAUACCUUCGAAGGACCAAUUACCAUAACUAUUGUUAACCGCGAUGGCACCCGCUACACCAAGAAAGGUGAAUACAGGACCAACCCCGAGGACAUCAACCCCAACAUGGCUCCGGAGGAUGAUAUGAGCAGUGGAUCAUCCAGUGAAAGAAGCACUUCCGGGGGUUACAGCAUCUUCCACACCCACCUUCCGACUACUACGCACCCAGACCAAGAAGGUCCUUGGGUCUCUAGCAACCCGGAGGAUACCCCAGCUACCACUUUGGUGAGCACUAGCGGUACAACUUCCAAAACUGCAACCAAGAGGCACGAAACCCAGGACUGGUUUUCAUGGUGGUUUCAACCAUCAGAAUCCAAGAAUCAUCUGCACACAACAACAGUGAUGGCUGGUACGGAUUCAAAUAUCAUCUCAGCAGGCUGGGAGCCAACUGAAGACAAUGAAGAUGAAAGAGACAAACACCCCAGUUAUUCUGGAUCAGGCAUUGAUGAUGAUGAAGAUUUUAUCUCCAGCACCAUUUCAACCACACCAGGGGUUUUUAACCACCUGCAACAGAAUGAGGAUUGGACCCAACAGAGCCCAGGCCAUUUAGAUCCAGAAGUAUCACUUCAGACAACCACAAGGAUGACUGAUAUGGACAGAAGUGGCACCAGUGCUCAUGGAGAGAACUGGACCUGGGACCCACACUCUUCUCUCAGUCACCAUGAGAAUCAUGACGAAGAGGAGACCCAGCAUCCUACAAGCACAACCCAGGCAAUCCCUAGUAGUACAACAGAAGAAACAGCUACCCAGAAAGAGCAGUGGUUUGAGAAUGGAUGGUCCGGGGGGUAUCCCCACACACCCAAAGAAGACCCUCAUGCAACAGCAGGGACAACUGCAGCCUCAGCCCAUGACAGCCAUCCAAGUGAAAGAGCGACCACACAGAGCCAAGUGGACAGUUCCUGGACCCAUUUCUUCGACCCAGUCUCACACCCAAUGGGACGAGGUCAUCAAACGGAAGAAAGGAUGGAUGAGGACGCCAGCCAUAGUACCACGCUUCAGCCUUCUGCAGAUCCACACACAGGUUUGGUGGAAGACUUGGACAGGACAGGACCCUUAUCCUUUACUGAAACAGAGCAGAGUGAUACUCAGAGCUCUUCUACAUCACAUGGAGGCUUGGAAGAAGACAAAGACCAUCCAGUGGCUGCUACUCCAACAUCUAGCAAUAGGAAUGAUGGCAGAAGUGGAAGAAGAGGUGGAAGUCUUCCUGAAGACUCAGCUACGUCCGUGGAAGGUUAUACUCUUCAUUCUCCAGACACAAAUGAAUAUAGAACCCUCAUCCUGGUGACCCCUACCAAGACUGGGUCCCCUGGAGUUACUGAAGUUACUAUUGUUGGAGAUUCCACCUCUAAUGUUGAUCUUUCCUCAUCAGAAGACCAAGACCCCUACUUUGACCCCAGCGGGAGGUCCUUUACUACUCACGGAUCUGAAUCAGCUGGCCACUCAAGUGGGAGUCAAGAAGGUGAGGCAAACACAACCUCUGGUCCUAUACGGAAAUCUCAAAUUCCAGAAUGGCUGAUCAUCCUGGCGUCCCUUCUGGCCCUGGCCUUGAUUCUUGCAGUUUGCAUUGCCGUCAACAGUCGGAGGAGGUGUGGGCAGAAGAAAAAGCUGGUGAUUAACAAUGGCAAUGGACCUGUGGAAGAGAGAAAGCCAAGCGGACUCAAUGGAGAAGCCAGCAAGUCUCAGGAGAUGGUGCAUUUGGUGAACAAGGAGUCGACAGAGACCCCAGACCAGUUUAUGACGGCGGACGAGACACGGAACCUGCAGAAUGUGGACAUGAAGAUUGGGGUGUAACCACCUGCUCCGUGACCUUAGAACGAAAACUGCCAUCAGAGACACAGCAAUUACAGGGAGCUGGGACAUUUCACAGAUGCGGUGUGCUACUGAUUGUUUCAUUGGGGAAUCUUUUUUUUUUUUUUUUUUUUUUUUUAAGCAUAAAAUUUUCUAUUCCUUUUUUGGGUUUUUUUUUGUGUGUUUUGUUUUUUAAAGUCAGAUCCAACUUCUAAAAACUGCAUUGCUUUCUGAAACGAGGGCCCCUUUAUAAUCGGCACAAAUUUGACUGUUCCAGUUCCUGCCUGGAAGCCUCUCACCCCCUGGGGUGGGCUAUGGAUGGCUUCUAAAAACCUCCGCAAAUCCAUCUUCUCGAUCCCUAACUUUCCCUCCACCCCACCUUCCAGGUAGCAGCCACCUGCUAAGGAUGUUCCCCAGGGCUAAAAGGGAUUGGUUCUUGGGAGGAUUUUUUUUUUUUUUUUUUUUAACUUUAUGGGAGGAAAUUUGAACGGGUCUAUGUUGCCCUUCCAGCAGCCCAAUCCCUGGGCAUGUCUUUCCCGUGGGGUAGGGGCUGGGGGUGUACUGGCCCUGCAUCCCCUGCUACAGACCCCCUGGGACAUUUUCAGAUGCUUCUGGGAAAUACCCAAAGGGUGCAACUAUUUAUCUCUAACAAGGUAUUUAUCUAUGUUUUUGAACUAUUAAACCCUGGAGGUCCUUUAAUCAGUAUGAUUUCUGUUGUUACUUUGUCAGAGACCUAAAAGGGUUUUCCUAAUAAACAGCUGUACUUCUCCCACCUUAACCCUUUGCGCUGUGAUCCCUCAGUUUCUUCACCAGCAAAGUCUGGGUCCCAACAGCUCGUCGGGAAGACGUGAGAAAGUCUGCCUCGAAAGUCUUAUCUCAGAUCUGCUGAGCCCCCAUUCCAGCGUCCCUCAACCAAAUCUCGCAGAAGGUCAAGGCGGCAGCACUGUUUUCUUUCUGAGGCUCUUGAAGACGUUCUGUCCUGUCCUAGAACCGGGAUUGUGAGAGGAGGAGCUUCAGCUGCUGUUAAGGAUUAAGAGCUACCGAUUCCCUCCUGCCGAAAGCGAUGAAAAAUCACAUGACAUGUGCAUGACUGACCAUUUGUGAUGUCCCGUCCCAUGUCCUAGAUGCUGACCCUGUGAGUGAUGUCCAGAAACAAUAUGGAAGUGCUUUCUGACCUUUUGCAAGGCAAGGAGAAGCCAGUGGAAAUAAAAGAGCAUAGACAGCGGCCAAUCGAUUGGCACAGGUUAGGGGAGCGGGGGAGGGAGCAGUGUAGAUCCUGUUGGAGGAUUUUUAUGGCUGAGUUUAUUUGUAGUUUACCAAGCCAAUGGUCUGUCCCGGAUGCACUUGCUACUCAAGGUUAAGGGAAAUGCCUGGGAAAUCCCUCAAAAGGUUACAGGGCUUCCCACCACUGGAAUCUCAUCACCACAUCGGCAGGCUUAUGGCUAAAUAAGAAUGGUUUUAUCUCUUGCUUGACAAGUCCUCUGUGCCCUUUAUUUAUUUAUAAGUUCAGGAGGUUCCAUCGGUCCUGGAACUUCCAAAGGCUACUUGUAAUAGAAGAAAUGGAAUCUGUAAAAUAAGGGUCCCCAUAGAACGGGAUCUGCUUUCUUAGGACCCCAUAAAAAGUAACCUGUUGCCUAAACUGAUAUGCUUCACUGGCAACUGAUAGGCUUCAGCCCAAAUAGGAGGAGGAGGAGGAGGAAGAGAAGAGGAGAAAGGGCCGAUAGAAAUCAGGGGUGCACUUACACCAGGAGUUGAGUUCGAAGGAAAUAUUAAAAGAGAGAGGCCAGCUUUCUGCUCCUGCCCAGCCUCUGCUCUCCCCGACCUGCCCUCCCCUUUCCCCGUCAGGGUCUUUGAAAACGGCCCUUCUCCUCUGUGAACAUUCUCGGUCAGCUCCAUAUUCAGCGGAUGUUCUUUUUUAUUUUCAAGUUGAAUGAAAAGAAAAUAGACAUCAGGCCACGCUCCUGUUCCUGCCACUCAUGGCCAAGCCCUCUCGCUUCCAAGCGCUCUCUGGGUCUCCUGCAGACCCAGACAGGCCCGGGUGGGCUCUUUGACGCAAAUGUAAAAAGCCACUGCAGGGUCAAGUUCAGGAGGGCCACGCCCGGCUCUACCAGUCCCCCAGAUGCUCUUGGGACCCUGGACAGUCACACACGUCGCAAAGGGAUGGAUGGUUUUCCACCUCUUCUACACAUUCCUGUCAAAAUAGGCUGAAAGAGGAGCUUAUCUUCUAUUUUAUUUUGGAAUCAUUAAAUAUGAUCUUUUAUUAUUGUUUUCCUUUGCUUGGAUAUACCUCUGUGUUCUCAAGAUGGGAAAAGGGUUGGUCUAGAGCCUCCGUCUUUGGUUGGAUGCGACACGCCCGCAAUAUCACCUGUGCUCACAGAAUAGGAUCUGCUCUCUGCCAUGAGAAACAAUGGCAUGACUCCAGAAGCACUGCUUGACCACAUGUCACCCCUACCAGUGACUUGCCAGGUGGCCUGGGCUAAGUUAUUAAACUGGGCCUUGUUUGGAAAGGAAAGGGGCCAGCAUUUUAUUAUUUUCCAAAGCUUAAGAGUGCAAAGUUGAGAGGUUUGCAAAGCUAAGAGCUUAAGGUAGAAUUAUUCCUAGAACUGUAAAUCUUUUGUCUCUCUUGAGGGCUUCUUUUAAAUGAGCACUGGGUGGAAAACAACACGGGGCCAAAGACACCUUCAUAUCCGCAUUUUGCAGAUUCUAGUGGGGCAGAAUAAAUGUCUUCAGCAGAAUCUCUCAAAAAAUUUUCCAUUGAGACCAUGCCACCUAGAAUCAGUUUCAUAGGCGACCCGUAUUCGAUCCAAUUCAGCAGAGGAGUAAGGGAAAAGAAUCCUUGACUUCUUUACAAGAGUGAAGUGUACUCAAGAAUUAAAAACAACAUUCACCUUUGUGUCACAGGUCUACCUUUUCGUAAAUCCCUUGUGUUGAAUUUUCAAAGAAUAGGUCAUUGUUCAUGCGUGUAUGAUAACCAUGGCUUGAUUUUUCAGAGCACACUCUGCCUUUGAUUUUUGUACUUCUUGCGAUGGACUCAUAAUAAUGAGGAAGGCAUGAUUUGUAUCUUGCCAAGUUGAAAGCACAUAUUGGAACAUAUGAAAAAGCUACUAUUAAAAGGCUAAAGGAAGUGAA